AACCAAACGGGGGAGGCGGAUGGAGAGUUAAAGACCGAGUGAGACCAGCUGAGGAGCAGCCCAGGCAGAACCGGGGCAACCGAGGACUUCUCUGCCUGGAAAGGGUCUCUUACGAUCUGCUACAUACUUCUUAAAUGAUCUUCAAUAUACAUAUUGAAAGUGUAACUGCCAAUGAACUGCAUCAAAUCCCACAUAGGGAGCAACUCUUGAACAGAACUAAUUCUCAAGUCCACAAAGAGGGCACCUUCUCUACAAUUAAUUGGCUUUCAAUUCAUUGGUAGUUUUGAUUAAGAAGAUUCCUAUGGAACCAAGGAACAUCUGGAAAAUGUUCAUGUUGUAAACAGGAGAUUCAUGCUUGCAUGAAGUACUUGUUGACUCAUUGCCAGAGCAGUUUAAUAAUUGCAUGACUAUAGGACUGCAUCUACCUCUAGACAAUUGUGAUAACUUCAUUUGGUGCUUCCUUACACAGGCUCUAUUUACUGGAUCAACAGAAGUGAUCCAAAAUGCCUUUCACUGAUGAGCAGAGCAGUGACUGUGAUUCUUCAAGAUCUUCAGAAAGUGCAACUUCUUCAUCUAGUGACUCUGAAUACUCAAGGCAGAGUUUUACCAGUGAUUCUUCAAGCAAGCCCAGUUCUCCAGCCUCAACAAGCCCUCCCAAAAUGGUUACGUUUGAUGAAAUGAUGGCAGCUGCAAGGAAUCUCUCUAACCUGACUCUGGCUCAUGAAAUUGCUGUAAAUGAGAAUUUUCAUUUGGAACGCAUAGAGCACCCACACAACAGCUUGCCUGGAAGGGUUAAACAAAUUGUACAUAAAGCAUUCUGGGAUCGUCUAGAAGAAGAUUUGAAUGAAGACCCUCCUGAGUAUGGGCACGCAAUCAAACUGUUUGAGGAAAUUAAAGAGAUCCUUCUUUCUUUUUUGAACCCGGGGGCUAACAGGAUGCGCAACCAAAUUUGUGAAGUCCUCGACACGGACCUUAUAAGGCAGCAGGCUGAGCACAAUGCAGUUGAUAUCCAGGGUCUUGCAAACUAUGUCAUUAGCACUAUGGGGAAGCUGUGUGCUCCAGUAAGAGACAAUGAUAUCAACCAGUUAAAGCCCACUGGGAAUAUUGUAGCAUUGUUGAGGCAAAUAUUCCAUGUUCUGGAUCUCAUGACAAUGGAUAUGGUUAAUUUUACCAUUCAGAGUCUUAGACCUCACCUUCAGCGCAACUUGAUAGAUUAUGAAAGAGCAAAAUUCCAAGAUAUACUUGAAGAAACUCCAAGUGCCCUUGACUUGACAACCGAAUGGAUAAGGGAAUCAAUACAAGAUGAAUUAUCUUCUAUUUCUGGUGAAAUGUCAUCAUUCCCUGGUGCUAAUGGGAUCUCAAAACCAAACCUUAGUCCAACUGUGCUGUUAACAAACAGCUACCUGAAACUGUUAGAGUGGGAUUAUCAGAAAAAAACAAUUCCAGAGACACUAGUGACAGAUGAAACUCGCCUUCAAGAAUUAUCCAAGAAAUUGAACCAAUUGAAGAUUAUAGGGUGUAUUUCUCUCAUAACAAGCAACAUGCUACCUGCAGUUAUUGAAGAUAUUCCAGACUUUGUUGAGAAACAAAAAAGAAUUUCUUUUGUUUUGCUUGAAGGAAUGCAUAAGGAGAGUUUUGAUUUAAAAGAAGCUCUUAAUACAAUAGGUGUUCAGACAUGUAAUACAGUAAAUGAAUCAUUCACAGAGAGAGGCUUUCAAUUAUUAAAUAAAGAAGUUCAAGCAAAUUUGGUAGGUCAGCUCUGCAAUAUUGUUGAAGAAGACAAUGCUGUCAUCACCUUAAUUGGUAAACGAAUUCAUUUGUAUAUGAAAAGCUUGCUUGCUUCUCCAUGCUUUCAAAAAUCUAUGCCUACAGUUCCUGGAGGUCUUGGUGUGAUUCAGAAGGAGAUAGAGACUAUUGGAUCGCAGUAUGCUAGCAUUGUUAACCUUAAUAAACAGGUUUAUGGACCAUUCUAUGCAAAUAUUUUUCGAAAAUUGCUGUUCAAUGAGACAGAAACAAACAAAGCAGAACUUGAGACUUCUUCCAACUGAAAUAUGUACAGCUUCUUUUUUGUUCCCUCCUUUUCACAAUAUUUAUAUUGUGAUCUGCAUUCUUUUUUUUGACUAUGCAUAGCUUGCAAUGAUGACUGUUAAUGGGAAACAGAGAGAAAUGUGUCUUUAUUAUACAGAUUAUAGUCAAAUAAAUAAAAGUUCCCUCCAAAUUAAAGCAAUUACUAAAUUUUUAAAAUGUAACUUUUGAAAGGAUUGUUUGUAAUAAUGGCACUUAUUUACUGUAACUUCUUUUUCUUACACAAAUAUUUCAGAUGUGUAUAAAUGCCCACAGUAAUAUGAAUCUUUUAAAUACUUAAUAUGCUUAUGUGAGUGACUAUGGUGCAAUAAUAUAAAAUGUAUAUUUCAAGAUUUAAUCUGAAAUAAAUGUUAGAGCAUUUGCCUUCUGCCUUUACCCCAAAUGGAUUGCUCAAGGAAGCCCCCGCCCCAUUUCUCUUUUCUCACAAGAUAAUAGGGACAAUUAUGUGUCAAAUUUGUCCCAGGCAGUUUCCCAUUUUGAGCCUUUAAUGUAUGCAGUCUUCAUAAUAGUUUAAUAGCAAUUGCUUAGAAUUUAGUAGCCUCUGAUUUCACCUGGAAGAGUAGUUCAUUUUUUUUAAGGGAAGUCAUGAUAUUUUAACUGACUUGCUUAACAACUUAUAUACAAGCUAUAUUUACAAAAAAAAUCUCGACUUAUUGAAGGGCUAAAAUACAUUGAAUGUAUAAUUUUUGUUUACUACCAGCAUGAAUCAGAAUUUGAAAAUGGAGAGCUUAAGAAGAAAGAUAUAUGGUAUUAAGUAGCAAAUGCUGAACAUAUGAACACUUUUUGCAGAUUUAUGUCAAUAAAUAGUCCCAGUUGAUAUUUACUUGCUUUUUUUCUAAUAAAAAAUGAAUUAUCAUUUUGGCCAUAACAUGCAAUCCUCUUACCAUAUGAUGCUUCUAAAGUGAUUGUCACAAAGACUUUCAAGAAAGACCUUAAUGUUUAAAAUAACUGCUGAUACAUAGGUAAUUGUUCUUACAGAAACAGAACUGUGUACAUCAGCCCAUCAACCUGGUGACAAGCAAGGAGUUCUGAAAGUUAGAAUCUCUACAAAAUCAAAGAGAUAUCAGAUUGGGGAAGGCUGAUAUGAAUUCUUUUUGUAAAAAAUCUCUAUUAAAUAUAUAUUGCUAGGAUAUUUUAGGAAAUAACCAUUUUCUUUUUCAUAUGUGUCAAUUCCACACGGGACUGAACAAAAUAACCUUUUGUGAUAAAUAUUUGUUCAGCCAUCCAGAGGAGCUUAUGACAGCCAACUUUAGUUUUACAAAGCAAUUUUCUUAAAUUGCUCAGUAUCUUAAUGUUUUUUAGAAGAUCUUCCUUGUUCUGGUAUCCCUUGCUCUCAAUAUUCCACCUUUCAUUUUUCUAAAUAAAUUUUAGCAGGUUUGAGAAGAGAGGGUGUGAGAUGAUUGUAGUAACUAUCAAAAUAUGUAUAUGGCUAAAGGAAGUAUGUAUUGAGCCACAAUAUUUGUUGACUCUGGUGAUUUGUAUCAAGAAGUGAAUAUGUGAAUAUCCGAAAUAUAGUGAAUAAAGUAUGGCCUUCUGAUGCAGUACUAUAACUUCUAGCAUCCUGUAUGUUGAUCAUAUUAGUUAUGGCUGUUAAAAACUGUAGUUCAACAAAUGGAGGGCUAUGCUUUACUAACCCAUGCCAUCUACAGAAAAAGCAAUUAUCUAAUUCUUAACCUUGAAAUUUAAAAAGUGUAAAAUAUUUUGGACUUAUAUGUACCUUGAUAAGUUUGUGAAGCUAUAAUAUUUACUAAAAAAAAACCUUUCUGUAAUCAUGUUAUGGUAUAUGAUGAUCUGUUUUUAAGCAUUCUACAUUAUGCAGGAUGAUCAAGUGGUGAAUGUAUGUCUCCACAAAUUUUUAAUUUACCUAGAGGAUUAGAUCUAAAUUAGUUUAACCUGGAUACCAUUGUAAACAAUGGAACAAGUUAAACAAAACAAGUCCCAUUUAUUUCAGUGGAUGUUAAUUGCAACUAAGUGCAUGAACCCAGCCUAUAUUUAUUGUACAAUGUUCAUGCAGAAGAUAAUGUGUGAUUUUUAUAAAUGACUUGAAAGGGGCAUUUUAUAUAGCAUGGUAUGUCUAUUUAAGAGUUUUUGAAUAUCUCACAACUAACUUUCAUAAUCUCUUCAAUAUUCAGAAUGCUUGGUUAAAUACAGUUGUUCCUCUUGCAUGUUACUUACUGAUAUUAUUGAAGUACAUUUCCUUCCUUUGGCUAAAGUUAGAUAUGUACGUAAUUGGUUCAUUAAGUGGUUUUUGUCUUAAAUGUAUUCAUUAAAUUUGAU